AAUUAAUGGGAUCAUGCUCUUAUAAUAAAUGUUCAAGAGAAGAAAUGUGUGUGGAGCUGAAUUCAUCACCUGUCUGUGUCAAACUAGGUUGUAGGCACAAACAAUACACCUUUGAUGAGAUGACGAAGACUUGUUUCAGAAUUCUGACAACUCCUCUGCUACGGUGGCGGGAUGCUAGCGAAUACUGCAAGCAAGACGGUGCUCGACUGAUAAAGCUUGAUACCAGAGAGAAGAAUGACUUAAUUACUGAAGCUUUAAUUAAUGUUGUAGUUGACUCACAUCUCUGGACAGGGUACCAUGAUCAUGGGGAUCUUUAUUAUUGGAAUGACGGAAGUGAAUUGAGGAGAGACAGCUAUAAGAACUGGGGAUAUUUACAACCCGAUAACAACGAUCCCGACUGCAACGCUUGGCGGGUUAAUUGUAUUACCAUUCAGAAUAAUGGAAAAUGGUUCGACAGCUGCUGUAAUCUUGAAAAAGGUUUUAUCUGUGAAAUUAUAUGACCUGUCAUAUAU